CAAACCCACCCCCCGGUUCCCGAGAACGUUGGUAAGAAGGCGCGGAGGAUGUGACGUUAGGUGACCUUUAGGGCUGCGAAGCUCUUCCGGGGCACGGGAAUCUGGCGGGGAGGCGGAAAGAGCGGAGCGAGCAGCGAUGAUCAGGGAAAAUAUGGCUACAGAUUGGCUUGGAAGCAUUGUCUCUAUCAGUUGUGGAGACAGCCUGGGAGUCUAUCAGGGCAGAGUGUCCGCUGUGGAUCAGGUCAGCCAGACAAUCUCCUUAACACGGCCUUUCCACAAUGGGGUUAAGUGUUUGGUGCCAGAGGUCACCUUCAGGGCGGGUGACAUUACUGAGCUGAAGAUCCUGGAGAUUCCUGGCCCCGGUGAUAAUGGACAAUGUGGAGACUUCAAGCAGAAUGACCUUGGCAUUCCUGGUAUUGGAUGCCCAGGUGGUUCCAGCCAGAAUGGCACUGGCAAGCUGCUCAAGAAACCUGGGCCUGCUAGCAGCGUCCCACAGAAUAUCCCCAGGAGGACAGAUGGGAAGAGUCAGGACGCUGCCGUUUCCCCCCAGCAGCAUCAGUGUUCCAAGAGCUACAUGGAUCGGCACAUGGAGUCCUUGAAUCAGUCCAAAGGCUUCCGUCGGAGGCACAACUCCUGGUCCUCCAGUAGCCGUCAUCCGAACCAGAUGACUCCGAAGAAGAGUGGCGUGAAGAACGGGCAGAUGAAGAACAAAGAUGAUGAGUGUUUUGGAGACGAUAUUGAAGAGAUCCCAGAUACAGAUUUUGAUUUUGAAGGAAAUCUGGCGCUUUUUGACAAGGCAGCCGUGUUUGAAGAGAUUGAAACGUACGAGAGAAAGAGCGGGACCCGCUCCAGAGGCACUCCGAACGAGAGAUCUGCCCGCUAUCGCCAUGAUGAGAACAUCUUGGAAUCUGAGCCCAUUGUGUACCGAAGGAUCACCGUACCCCAGGCGAGCAAAGAAUUCUGCACUGACUCCGGGCUGGUGGUUCCAAGCAUCUCUUAUGAGCUACACAAGAAGCUGCUGUCCGUGGCAGAGAAACACGGGCUGACUCAUGAGCGGAGACUGGAGAUGACGGGGGUAUGUGCCAGUCAGAUGGCCCUGAGUCUGCUUGGAGGGCCCAACAGGCUGAAUCCUAAAAAUAUCCACCAGCGACCCACGGUUGCCUUGCUAUGUGGCCCUCAUGCAAAAGGGGCCCAGGGAAUCAGCUGUGGCCGGCACCUUUCCAAUCACGAUGUACAUGUCAUUCUCUUCCUUCCCAAUUUUGUCAAGAUGCUGGAAUCGAUCACCAAUGAGCUGACACUCUUCAGCAAGACCCAAGGCCAGCAGGUGUCCAGUGUCAAAGACCUCCCCGACACACCUGUCGAUUUGGUGAUCAACUGCUUGGGCUGCCACGAGAAUGCCUUUCUGAGGGACCAGCCUUGGUACAAGGCCGCCGUGGACUGGGCCAACCAGAACCGAGCCCCUGUCCUCAGCAUCGACCCCCCCGUGAACGACGCGGAGCAAGGGAUCGAUGCGAAGUGGUCUCUGGCCCUGGGGCUGCCUCUCUCUCUGGGCGAGAGGGCAGGGCGGGUGUACCUCUGCGACAUCGGCAUCCCCCAGAAAGUCUUCCAGGAGGUGGGCAUCAACUACCACUCGCCUUUCGGCUGCAAGUUUGUCAUCCCCCUGCACUCGACCUAGAGCAGGGCCCUGGGCCCCAGAGAGGAAGCUGGGGCAGGAUUGCCUCCACCCGUACGACCUAUCCUGACUGUAUUAAACUCUUUUGACGCCUUAAGGAUGUUGACGUUCUGGGCUGAGUUUCUUCCAGGAGAAGCCCCUGGAUUAAAGAGAACCAAGAGGACUCGGGUUCCUCUGAGCCUUCGAUGCUCUUGUGCCAUGGUGUGAAGACGCGCCCCAGAGGGUGGUGUCUUCAGCUGGCUGAGGGAGUUGGUGGUGGGAGGGCGGAGGACAGAAGUGCCCCUGCUUGGGUGUCUGCUAGGCGGCCAGUUUUUUCCCCUCCCGGAGGGGGAAGAGUUUUGAAGGGUGCAGCCCUUUCCCUCAGUCAUGAUCGCAUGGGGAUGCUUGCAGGUCUUCUGCUGCGUCGCCUUCUUGGGCAGCUACCGUCUGUCUCUCGGUGCAGACCGAAAGCUACUUGGGACCUUGGCUGACUCAGCCGGGGGCAUUCCCCCCCAGGCUCCUGCUGGCGGCUUGGAAUUCCUCGAGCAGCACUUGAUCGGUUUUGAUCCACGGCGAGCUAGCAUUUGCUUCCCCUCCUGCUUGUGGAGUGAAUGAUGACCUGUGUGGAAUAAACGUGGCUUAAGAGACUAGAUCGAGGGGACAGACGUCAUGGUGCUGGUACUUGUGCGCCCACAAGUAGUGUCCUGCCCCCUUAGUAUAGAGCUGGUGUCUGCUCCUCUCGUCCUGGGUGUGUGUGGGUGUGGGUGGGUGUGGGUGUGUGUGUGCUUGGAAAGCACAUCAGGAUGCUUCUGGCGCAAAAGUCCACCGGCUCGGCCGUGGCACAGCCUUGCACUUGCUCAGUGGUGCGUCUGGAAGAAGCACACGGCUCUCCUGAAGCCCUGGGCUGGCUGUGGCGUCGUCUGUCAGUGCAGCAGCGUGUUGCCAAGAGGGCUCCUUGGGGCAGGAGCGGUUAGCCCCCAAAGGCCUCCCGUUCCACUGAGCAAGCGGACUGACCUCGCAGCCUCUGUCCCUGCAUGCACCAUGCAUUGCACUGAUCACUCGUCCUCUUGUGCUUCAGGUAUGAGCUCCUGUUGGUGACUUGUGCAUCUUGGCUGCUGCCUCUCAUCUCUUCUCCUCUCCUUUUUCUUUUUUUGGGGGGAAGGGGACUGCCCUGACUUGCUCGACGGGGACCAAGCUGCUGCCGUAAGUGGCUUGCUGUUGCUCUGCCAGUAGAACCUCUUCUUAGCCAGACUCUGUAGACGUCAGGGCAGCGCAUAGUGCAGUGGCCAGGUGGACAGCUGCUAGCCCUGAGCAAGCGCCUACGCUUGGCCGUCCUUGUCUCCAAAGGUGCCAUAUGGAACUCUCUUGCUAGUCAUGGCAAUGAUUAAAUUGUGCAGUACAGCA